GUUAACGGCGGGUGGCCAACCACCCACGCAGCAGGUGGCUUUAAAGUUCCGAUGGCUUAAAGUUCCGAUGGCCUAAAGUCCCAAGAAAUCCUCCCAAAAAGGAACUCACAAAUUGAGCACUAAUUUGGCCAAGACGAAAACGAAAGACCCCAACUCGGCCGAAAAAGCAGCCAGACUCAUGACAAUUUCCUGGCGCGCCUUGUCUCAUUUCCUUAUUCCGCAGAGCGACUACGGCGAGGCCAAGACGCACCUGGAGCAGCUGCAGCAGACGCUCACGCACCUGGAACACCCGCACCACCACGCACACCAUCCCCACCAUCCCCAUCACCAUCUGGGGCUCUACCAUGGCGCCCUGCCCAACACAUCGACCAUAACCACCGACUCGGUGGUUUCCUGUGUCAGCUCCACACUGCCGGCGGUGGCCAAGGCCAUUUCCGCAUCCUCCACUUGCGAUGGCCUGCAGUCGGAGCGCAAGAAGUGCUCACCCAGCGAUCUGGACUCAGCUGCUCAUGGUCAUGGGCAUGGCCUCAUGGAGGCCAUCUGCGCGGGCCAGAAGACGUCACCUAUUCCACCGCCGCCACCACCUUGCUGCUUGACCCUGGGCGAAGGCUCCUCAUCGCCGAAUCCCAUCGCCACGGUCGCCCUGAUGAACGCCUCCUCCUCCGGAGCCACCAGCGCGGGCGGAGCAAGUGCCUCUCUCUGCAAUGAUCUCACACGGGAGUCCUCGUGGUAUGCCCACCAUCAUCAUCACCACCAUCACCAUCACCACCAGCUGCCCGACGAGCUGGUCAUGUAUGCCACGCCCACUCCCACGCCGGCAAUCGGCAAAUUCGGACUGGACACCUCCACCGAGGGUUACUUGAACGCAAGGUACAAUGUGAAUGUCAAAGGCGUGCGGCAUGAUAGAACAUCGAGUUUCUUUGACAUACCCGCUGUGACGCACCCGCACUCGCAUCCGCACCCACAUCCGCACUCGCAUCCGCACCCGCAUCCGCACCCGUACUGCUACAGAUUUCCAUCAUCGCCACCCGCGGGCAUUCUGAAAAAGAGCGACGAAGAAGCAACCUCGGCGGCCGUCUACUGCAGCGACGUGUCCUCCGGCCAGCACUUUCCGCACCACACGAAGAUCGAGCACGCGGACUCCACCACAACGGCGGCACAGCAGCAACAACAGCAGCAGCAGCAGCAGCAUCAGCAGCAGCAACAACAACAGCAGCAACAGCAACAGCAGCAGCAACAACUGCAGCAAGCUGCUGCACUGCAUCCGCACCACCAUCAUGCCCACCAUGGCCAUCAUGGCCACCAGCAGGCGGAGCAGCAGGCUCUCACCCACUUGACGCCACUCCAUGCCGCAUCCGCUUUCAAGUUUAGCCACACAGCGGUCAUAUCCAGCUCGGCGGUAUAUGCCACGCCCUCGCACUACGCCCACCAGCAGCAGACGCAGUCGCAGUCCGUGUACAGGGACCACCUCUCGCCCACCACCUUGGCGGCGGUCAGCGAUGCGGAUCUGAAGUACGACAGCGGUCCCUACAACGCGGCCAUCUCAUCCACCUAUCCCUCCGCGCUGCGACCCAAUGUGGUGGACUCCACCACGUCCAGCGAUGCGGAACUGCGGCUGGAUCAGUUCUACGCCAGCAAUGGCAUCUCCACCAGCAGCAAUGGCCAGGCGAUCAGCCAGCGCCGGGGUUCGCUGCAGCUCUGGCAGUUCCUGGUAGCUCUGCUGGAUGAGCCCACAACCAGUGCCAGUUGCAUUGCCUGGACCGGCCGCGGCAUGGAGUUCAAGCUGAUCGAACCGGAGGAGGUGGCCCGCCGCUGGGGUCUCCAGAAGAACCGGCCCGCCAUGAACUACGACAAGUUGUCCCGCAGUCUGCGCUACUACUACGAGAAGGGCAUCAUGCAGAAGGUGAACGGAGAGCGCUAUGUCUAUCGCUUCGUCUGCGAUCCGGAUGCACUGUUCAACAUGGCCUACGGCCACCUGACCACCGGUUCCAGCGGCAAGGGUGACCAGCAGCACCAGUUGACGCUCUCGCUGGCCAAGACGCCUCCGACCUCCGGCGACUCCCAGACGCAAUCCCCACGCGUGGCCAAGUCGGAGUAUUACGAUGCCGCCGCAUUGCAUAAAUACUAACCACCAUUUAGUCGCCACAUGUGGGCGGAGCGUUCGAAUGCGGCCGCGUGGGCGUGGCCGUGUCCCAUGUACAUUGUGUAAUCUAGUUGCGUGUGGGGUUGCGAAUUUGAAAUGAAGGUUUCGUUAUGAUGAGCUGCGCUGGAAAUAGCUGGAAAAUAGCUGGGAAAUAGCUGGGAAUAGCUUAGAGGGGCACGAGAGCUGUUUGUCGUUACCAUCGGGGUCACCAUCUCCUAAAAAACGGCGGAGUCACACAUGCAAGAUGGUUUCAUCAUUUUAAUUCUGUUUAAUUAUCAAGUUAUAUAAAGUUGUUCAACGUUUUUAUUCACCGUGCCCCUCUCUAGACUAUCAUACAUCCAGUUUUUGAUUCCAAAGACUAGGCUGAUCAAAACGACAUACACAAAUCCUUACAUAUAGCAUAUAUACUUGAGCGCUUAUGUAUACAUAUAUAUCUGUGUAUAUAGUGGGGUAUACGGAGCACAGAAGCCAUGUGUCCACCAGAUAUCGUAGUUCUGCAUUGAGGUUGAGUUACUUAAAUAAACUAUAAAGCCUGUUUCCGCUUUCGAAGAGCGUGCAAGUUGGCAGAUUAGAAUCCAUCAGGAUUAGGAAACUUCAGUUCUAUAAGGUAGCGUUUAGCGCAAAAUUGUUAAAUCUAAAGUCCGCCAAUUCGCAUCGUUUGGAGGAACCGGAAACAGAGCCGUAUGAACCGUU